AUGGAAUUUUCUACUUUGCUUUUGACUGUUUUCACGGCGGUUGCUUGUCUAUAUUAUUUUGUUCUAAGCAAGCUAUCUUACUUUGAACGACUAAAAAUUCCGCACUUACGGCCAAUUCCGUUAUUGGGUAACAUGCUACCCCUCAUUUUACAACGUGUAACCAUGGCGGACAAUUUACUCAACACAUACAAUUCAUUCGCUGACGCAAAGUAUUUUGGUUUUUUCGAAUUUAUGAGCCCGAGAUACGUGAUCCGUGAUCCGGAUCUGAUCAAUUCAAUCGCCAUUAAAAAUUUUGAUUAUUUCUGUGAUCAUAAUAACUUUGUAAACGAGAAGCUUGAACCAAUGGCCAGCAGAAAUUUAUUCGGUCUGCGGGGCGAUCAUUGGCGCGAAAUGCGGAAGCUUCUUAGUCCGAGCUUUACGUCCAGCAAAAUGAAAACGAUGUUUGAACUGAUAUGUCAGUGCGCAAAGAACUUCACUAAUUUUUUAAUUGCUGAAUCUGGAAACACCGGCAAGACAUACGACAUGCAGGACAUACUGCCCAGAUACUCUAAUGAUGUGGUUGCCACGUGCGCUUUUGGUAUCAGUGUGGAUUCUUUCAAGCAUCCGAAUAAUGAAUUUUAUCUGCUCGGCAAGAAAGCUAUGAAUUUUGCUAGUCCUCGAGUAAUGUUCGCAUUUCUCAUGCAUAGAAACUUUCCAAAAAUUGCAAAUUUUUUUAGAAUAAGAAUGUUCAGCGCAGAAGUAGACAAUUUCUUUAAGAAUGUUGUCACCAGUACAGUGAAGGCCAGGGACGAGCAAGGGAUUGUUCGAUCGGACAUGAUUCAAUUGAUGAUGGAAACUAGAAACAAGAACCAUGGACCAGCAUUCGAUAUCAACGAGAUGACCGCUCAAGCAUUCGUUUUUUUCCUGGCUGGAUUUGAUACCGUGUCAAAAGCAAUGUGCUUUGCGGUGCACGAAGUCGCUGUUAAUCUUGAUAUACAGAGCAAGUUGAGAGAAGAAAUCGAAGAUGUUCUCAGGGAAACCAAUAACAAACCCACAUACGAGGCUAUCAACGGCAUGAAGUAUUUAGAUGCCGUUGUGAAUGAAACUCUGAGACUUUAUCCUCCAGUGAUUUUUCUCGAUAGAUUGUGCGUUAAGGAAUUCGAAUUGCCUCCAGCAACAUCGGAUGGAAAACCGACCACACUUAAGCCGGGAGAUAAUAUUUGGUUGCCGACUUACGCUUUGCAUCACGAUUCGCAGUAUUAUUCUCAGCCGAAGAAAUUUGAUCCAGACAGGUUCCUGAACGGCGAAGUGGAUAAUUCCGUUUACUUGACAUUUGGUAUCGGUCCUAGGAUCUGCAUAGGUAACAGAUUUGCCCUAAUGGAAGCAAAAAUUAUGCUAUUUUAUUUAUUAUGGCAUUGCGAUCUUGAACCUGACGCUAAAACCAGAAAUCCUAUCGUUCUGGAAAAAAAAUCGUUUGCUAUGACGUCGGAAAAUGGUCUUUGGUUAAAAGUGCGGGCGAGGAAGUCAUCGAUUUCUACCAAGUAA